AUGGUGGCGCCGAUCUCUAAAAGAGGCGCGAUUAGACAUUGCACGCCGGAUCGGUCAAGACUGCAGGAUCUUCUCUCGAAAAUGAAUCUGAAUCUCUUCAAAGGUAAGAACAAACAACAAUUGAUGGAUGAUAUGAUUGCCUUCUGCCGCGGCCGUAUCAAGGAUUCUCUACAAAAACCACAGGACGAUUCCAAAGAAGCGCUUGUUAGUGUUUGGAAAAUUCUUACCGAGGCUGCCCAGACCGUCGAAUCGAAUGAUCCAUUUCAUGACAAGCUGAUUUGUUUACUACUCUGGACCGGAGAGUUCGAUGUCCUUCGGAAAAGCCUUCAUCCAGAGGAGAUACACACCAGAUCUUCGUGGGAAUGCCAUCACUUGGUAAAAGUCAUGCAGAAUUCAUGGAAGGAAUUAAUCUUUCCAGCUCACGACACUAUAGAAAAGAAGUGUAGCCUUGCUACAUUUACGGCUAAGGCUUUGGCAAUGGGCACUCAUGACUGGCUUGGUAUAAGUGCACUUUGGUACCUGCGCGAGGCUCUCGAAAUGGCUGACAAGGCGACUAUUCAUCUGGCCCCUUCGACGAUUAUCUGGAUUCGCAUUGCCGGUGCUAAGCUACUCAGAUUUUCGGUUCUUGAAAAGAAGUGGGACAAUCAUGAUCUCGACAGGGAAGCUUUAGACAUCGUGCGGAUACAAACUCCCGGAAUAUUAGCCCAAAGGGCGGGAGUUACCCAGGACGGAUUUAGCUUGGAGCGAUGGUUUUUCUGGAAGGGGCGUUUCGAAAAUCUUGCACCGGACGAAGACGAAGAAUCUCGUGCGUGGGCGAAAGAUACAGUCGAUUAUAUGACUGAAUUCGAUAGUAUGUUGGACUAUAAUAUGAAAGGCGAGCCGAAAGCGGUAGACGAUUCGCAAGAUGCCGUGAGUGAGAAAGUUGAAAAUACAAAGCAGAAAAGACUGGAUCUUAGACUCCUUAGCAGGGGAGAUAAGGAAAAGAAUGGAGAACAAAGGGUUGAAGUUGACGAGAAUUUUAAAUGUCAGAAGUGA